AUGGCAAAUACACAACCAACCAGCAGUUCCAAGGCCACCAGCGAGCUGAACGACCUCGAGGCCAAUAAGAAGGUGGACAAGAACAGCAGCCUCUCCAAACUCCGAGCCAUUACCUUUCGUUUCAUACCCAUUUGCGGCGCCAUCCUCGUCGUCUUUUCCCUGGGCGGCGGCAUCGGCUACGCCUUCAACGGAAAGCCGCUACCACGAGACGCCGUGGUCGGAAUCUCCGUGACAUUUUUGAUUCUCGGCAUCUUGUUUGGCCUUGGUUGUCUCAAGUUGUAUCACCGCCGCUCGUCACAACCUCCAUUAGCAGCCAGACCCGAGUCGGGCCCGGACGUGGCGCGGCAAGAAUCCAGCAGAUUAAAGAGCCACAUGACACGAGUCUUUACUUCAAAGUCGGACCUGGAGCAAGGCGAGGCUGAAAAUGUCGAGGAAUUUCUCGAGCGAGGGAGACGGGACAAGAGAAAGCCUCAGCGAGGCACUAUCGUCGAGGUUGCCGCAACCGAGGCAGAUGAGACGGGGGAAGGAUUGAGACCAGACAGAUCUCGCAUACCCAGACAGCCUACGCAACAAGCAGCGCCUAGGACGGGCGGCGCACCGCAAGUGCCUUCAUCCAUGGCCCAGCCAAUGCUCAAACCCCAGACAUUGGUGCCCGAAUCCCAGGAACCAAGGUACAGCUGGGAAAUCCACGACGGCAUACAAGUCCAUACGGCCCAAGCGGCCAACCGUAACAUCGUUGCCACCCAAGAUACCCCAAAACAGGUGAUCCACAUAGGUCUGGGUAACCACGCCGGACAACACAAGACGGCCUCGUCGGGAAGGGAUGAGAGCGCCAAGAACCUCCCCAAGAGAACCCAAGCCACAAGACGGCGCGACACUCCUCACCCACAAACAAAUGCCGUCACCUUGCCCCAGAGACUCAACCCCCUCCCGGGCCCAGGAAAUGAGGACCCAGAUCGGCUGGCCUAUGACAUUGUCAAAAUGUCGGGAAUGGCAAGGACGCAGGCUGACCUCCGCGGUGACGGCGAACCAAUUCUUCCCCGCUCGUCGAGCAAGAAGAAGACGGAACCUGUACAACAUAACCAGAUCCCUGGGUCAGAGACUGCUGGCAUGACGAGGCCCAAUAAUCACAUGGGGGUCAAUCACAUCUUGGGUGUAGGUCCUGUCGCUUCACGUCUGAGACCAUCUUAUUCUCAACCUGCUUUCAUUCAGGAUCCGUUUGCCAAUAAUGAUGGCGGCGAGCAAGGGACUGAAGCCAUUCACAAACUACAGCAGCCCAAACAGGAGUAUGGCCGAUCUCUCACAACAGUUGAUGAGUGGCAGGUGCGCAACAACGUGAUGAACUCAGCCCCAGAAUGGAUUUAG